UUUCUUUAAAUCCUCGAGUAUAUAAAUUUAAAAACCACCAUGGCAAAGCCCCAACAAAUAAAAGAUCAAAACUUUCCAAAGUGAUGAAGGCCAAUUCACUCACUUCAUCUCUUCCCCUCCAAUUUCCAUCGCCCAUCAAACUUCCUCCUCCGUCCACCGGUAUACGAUUCCCAUCUUCUCUAACUCCCAAAGCCAUAUCGAUUUCCACCCCAAACACCCACCGGAUAUCCAUCAACAAAAACGACGACGACGACGAUUCCAUCGCAGCCUUUUGGGACUACCAAUUCCUCUUCAUUUCACAGAGGACCGAGACCGAAAACCCUGCCGUCCUCCGCCUAGUCGAUGGCGCCAUACCAUCAGAUUUCCCUUCCGGCACCUACUACCUUACCGGACCGGGCAUGUUCUCCGACGACCAUGGAUCGACAGUGCAUCCCCUUGACGGUCAUGGGUAUUUAAGAGCGUUUGUUUUCGAGAAGGAUCACGAGGUGACUUUCAUGGCGAAGUACGUGAAAACGGAGGCGAAAAUGGAAGAGCAUGAUCCGGAGACCGAUAGGUGGCGGUUUACACAUAGAGGACCGUUCUCGGUGUUGAAGGGAGGGAAGAAAUUAGGGAAUACUAAGGUGAUGAAAAAUGUGGCCAAUACGAGUGUGCUCCGGUGGGGUGGCCGCCUUCUCUGCCUUUGGGAGGGCGGCGAUCCCUACGAAAUUCGGGCGGAGGAUUUGGAUACGGUUGGGAAAUUUUGUGCUUUCCACGGUGGUGAUGAUCAUGAUUCGCCGUCCCGCGGCGGAGGUUACGAUGGUGGGUUUUGGCGUUUUGCGGCGGAGCUUUUGAAGCCUGUGCUAUAUGGAGUAUUCAAGAUGCCACCGAAGAGGUUAUUGUCUCAUUACAAAGUUGAUGCACAAAGGAAUAGACUUCUCGUAAUGUCAUGCAAUGCUGAGGAUAUGCUUCUACCAACUAGCCAUUUCACUUUUUAUGAAUUUGAUAGCAAUUUCAAGUUAUUACAAAAGAAGGAUAUGGUUAUUGAUGAUCACUUGAUGAUUCAUGAUUGGGCUUUCACUGAUAACCAUUAUAUCCUCUUUGCUAAUCGAAUUAAGCUUGAUGUCAUCGGUGCAAUGAGUGCAAUUAGUGGAAUAUCUCCAAUGAUAUCUGCACUUAGUGUAAACACAAACAAAAGCACUUCUCCAAUUUAUUUGAUCCCAAGAUUUGGUGAAGACUCAAAAAAAGACGAUUGGAAAGAAACUAUUGUUGAAGUUCCUUCAAGGCUUUGGCUUCUUCAUGUUGGCAAUGCCUUUGAGACUAUUCAUGAAGAUGGUACCUUAGACUUCGAAAUCCAUGCCUCUUCUUGCUCAUAUCAAUGGUUCAAUUUCAAAAAAUUAUUUGGUUAUAAUUGGCAGACUGGAAAACUUGAUCCUUCUGUUAUGAACCCAAAUGAAACCAAAAGUAAGCAAUUUCCUCACCUAGUUAAGGUAAGCAUUAGUUUAAGUAAGAAUGGGAAGUGUGAAAAGUGCAGUGUGGAACCUUUGAACCAAUGGCCAAAAUCCUCAGAUUUUCCAGUGAUAAACCCUAAGUUCUCAGGUCUAAAACACAAUUACUUAUAUGCUGCAACUUCCUCCGGUAACCGGCGGUCGCUACCGUCGUUUCCAUUUGAUAUGAUCGUAAAGCUCGACACAGUCACAAACACUGUCCGAACGUGGUUUGCUGGUAAUCGGAGAUUCGUUGGAGAACCUGUUUUUGUUCCCAAAGGAGAUAAAGAAGAUGAUGGAUAUCUUCUCGUGGUUGAGUAUGCAGUAUCAAUACAAAGAUGCUAUCUUAUUAUUUUGGAGGCUCAAAGAUUUGGAGAAGCAGAUGGAGUUGUGGCAAGAUUUGAAGUCCCUAAGCACUUGAAUUUCCCUAUUGGCUUCCAUGGCUUUUGGGCUGCUAAUACCUAAUUAAUUAGACAAUGCUCCAAAGGGAAGAAAAGUUGUGAGCUGUAGUUCAACAAAAUGGGUGUCCUAAUUUGAGCUCUAUUAAAUUUAUGAAACCAAUAAUCACUAGUUUAAAACACUACUGUUCUCUUGAUAAUAUGUAUACACAUGUAAACACUCCACAUUUUUGUGUGUAUUUCUAUAUAUAUGUAAUAUGCCAAAGAUCUAUUAUAGAUUCGAUAAUUUGAGUCCUUACUCAACUUUAAUUAGUAUAAUACCAUUAAUUAGUUUAA